CGUGCCCGGUCGCCGUGCGCGUCGGUAGUUCGUCGAGGUGCAACGCUAUCGCGUUACGAUAAACCAUACAAAACCAAACCAGUGUUGUGGAUUUAUAGUGUUCCUGUGAGAUUGUGCCAUUUCACCUUGUGAUGUUUUGUGUUACGUUUGUUAUAGUGCUGGAUUUCUCUUGAUAAGUGUGGGACGGGUUCCGCCUGCCGCGGCUAGACGCCUUUUCUCCGAUCUCGGGAUAUCAUUAAGAUGCUGUCACACGAUGCGACGAUUUGACCAAAGGACAAAUGAAUCAUUGUAGCACCAAGCACAAUCACAAACCAGCCAUGAUUGCAAGCCAAGAGGUGUUGCAGCCUCUUGAAAACAAAAUAUGCAGCAGAAAUAGCCUUCUAGAAUUAAAGAACCUUCUAGAAGACAGAGGCGGUUACGUUCGGAAUGAGAGAAGAAAGAAAAGAAGUGUUUUAAAUAGUAGUGUUUUUAAAUUAGACAGUUUUAGUGAAUCUAGGCAUCAGUGUAGAAUCUCGAGGGGACAGUGGAGGUUUAAGACUUUGUUGUUAGUAUUUCUAGUUUAUGUGUUGGUGGAUACGAGACUGCAGGUUGACGCGAGAAGUUCAGAACCACGGUACGAGACGGCGUACGCGUGCGAAGGGAAGACACUGAAGAUCGGCUGCGGGGAGGGCUCCGUGAUACACCUGAUAAGAGCGAAUUAUGGAAGGUUCUCGAUCACCAUCUGCAACGACCACGGCAACACCGACUGGAGCGUCAACUGCAUGUCCACCAGGAGCUUACGGGUUUUGCAUAGCAGGUGUAGUAUGCACCAGAAUUGCAGUAUAUUGGCGAGCACAAACAUGUUCGGUGACCCGUGUCCGAAUACAUUGAAAUACCUCGAGGCGCAUUACCAAUGUGUACCCGCAUCAACCACCAGCACAACAAGUAGACCAUCACCACCCUGGCUCAUAACCUCGCAACCAACAGUCUGGAGGUCCACCGCACCGCCCGUGCCCAAGAACCCAGUUCAAACGCAACAGGAGAAGAAGAAACCGACAGUCAUCACGCCACCCACCUUCAGACCUCAUAUUACACUGCCACCAGAAGUGCAGCUGGGAAAUAUUGGCACUAAGAAAACAACAACGAAACAGCCAGAGCCAUCAUCAGAGAAGGAACCGCCUCAAGUACCCUUGGACAAAGUGCCGGUUAUAAAGGAAGAGAUUCCAAAGGUAGCUGAUGAGACCAAAGUUGAGAAACCUAAGGAGAAAUUUGAUGAACCAGUGGCAGUAACUGACGAGACCCUGCAGUGGGCGCCAAAAGACGAAGAUGCUGAUUCCACUCCAUCCCUCCACGGCCCUCCCAAAGACAACCGACCGGACACUCCUGAAGAUGAUUAUGAUAAAGUUUUCUCAACGAGCGCAACACCAGCGUUAGGACGGCGUGCGUACUGUCCGCAAGUGAAUUCGCGGGGGCUACAUUGGAACUGGACGUUGGCGGGCACGUACGCGGUGCAGCCGUGUCCGGGGGGCGCUACGGGGUUGGCUAGAUGGAAAUGCACACUAACAGCCCACCAACACCUAGAAGAGGAGCGGCCUCACCGCCGCAGUUCAGGCUUGCAAUCUGGAGAGAACUUCCACGAUUUGGGCUUGGAACAACCCAGUGAGAGACAAUUGCAAUUAAUCAGGAGACUGGGCUCGGAUGCUUUACUUAAAGGUCGUGACGGGGAUUCCCCAGAACAUUUGAUAGAUUACAGAGGAAGCGCCGGCUUGCCAGAUGCUCAGGCUUCGAGAGAAAACCUUGCUUCCAAUGGCGACUAUGUUUAUACGGACACAAUCCCAGAAUGGCAUGGUGCUACGCCAGACUUAAGUGAAUGCAGGUCGGUCUGGCUCAACAGCUUGGAGGCCAGAGUGCGGGAGGGAGAAUCCCUUCUUAGUAUUAGCAAUGAUUUGGCACAGGUGACAUCAUCAAAGAAGCUAUACGGCGGAGACAUGAUGACCACAACGAGUAUAAUGAAGAAGCUCGCCCAGCGCAUGUCGCAAAACGUUCAGACAUUCCCAGACCCGAGGCAGAAAGAGGCCAUCGUCACUGAUAUGUUACUGGGUGUUAUAAAAACUGGAUCGAAUCUUCUAGACGAAAGCCAGAGGGCGUCUUGGUCGGACCUCAGUAUGGACGCUCAGAAUAGAGUAGCAAGUGCGCUGCUGACGCAGUUGGAAGAGAAUGCGUUCCUGUUGGCGGACGCAGUCACCAAAGAAAAAACUAUCCUGCAAAUUGUUAAGAAUAUCUGUCUAUCUGUCCGAGUAUUAGAAGUGAAAAAUGUAGAAGACGAAACUUUCCCAUCUCUGAUUGCUCAGGAACAGUGGAAAGCUUCGGAAGACACUAUCACAAUACCUAAAGCUGCAUUACUAGAAAAUCACCAAGUAGACCUUGUAAGGAUAGUGUUCUUUGCCUUCGACCGUUUAGAAGAAAUCUUACCGCCAACGUUUGGCAAGUCCCCACAGUUCGCUGCAUAUACUUCUGACCCGGCUUCGUCCACGAGUAUUAAUUCCGAGAAGGAGAAGAAAAAUGUCACUAGAGUAUUGAAUUCAAAAGUAAUAUCCGCAAGUUUAGGCAACGGGCGACACAUCCAACUGUCCCAGAUGGUGCGCCUCACAAUGAAACACUUGAAAACUGAAAACGUCACCAACCCUGCUUGCGUCUUCUGGGACUAUACGUUACACGGCUGGUCUCCCGAAGGUUGUCAAGUGGAAUGGUCCAAUCUAACGCAUACAGGCUGCGCCUGUUCGCAUUUAACCAACUUCGCAAUAUUAAUGGACGUGCACGGAGUAUCUCUCAGCGCUAAACACGAGAUGGCGUUGAGGCUCUUGACGUUCAUUGGCUGCGCGAUAUCAGCUGUCGCGCUCUUGGCCGCCAUUUUAGUUUUCCAAUGCUUUAGGAACAUGAAGUCGGAUCGCGUGCUGAUCCACAAGAACCUGUGCAUCUGUCUGCUGAUCGCUGAGGUGGUGUUCAUGUGUGGUAUCGACCAGACACAAGACAGGAUACUGUGUGGUGUUAUAGCUGGACUCCUGCAUUACUUCUUCUUGGCCGCCUUCGCUUGGAUGUUUCUAGAAGGGUUCCACCUGUACGCGAUGCUGGUGGAGGUGUUCGAGCCGGAGCGCGCGCGCGGGCGCUGGUACUGCGGCGGCGCGUACGCGGCGCCCGCGCUCGUGGUGCUGGCGUCGGCCGCCGCGUGGCCGCGCGGCUACGGCACGCCCGCGCACUGCUGGCUCGCCACCGAGCGCUACUUCCUCGCCGCCUUCGUGGGGCCCGUCGCCGUCGUGCUGCUCGCAAACUGGAUCUGUCUGAGCAUGGUGAUCUACAUGAUGUGUCAUCACUCAACAGUAUCUAUAAAGGCGAAAGAAAAUUCUAAAUUAUAUAAAAUAAGGGUCUGGCUGAAUAGCUCAGUAGUACUAGCAUUUCUGCUCGGUCUCACGUGGACUUUCGGUCUCCUGUACAUCAACGAGCAGACCGUGGGCGUGGCGUACGCGUUCACGAUACUGAACUCGCUGCAGGGACUCUUCAUUUUCAUCUUCCAUUGUUUGCAGAAUGAAGUUUUCCAGAAGGAGUGCGGGCGCGUGGCGCGGCGGCACCGCUGGCUGUCGUGCCUGGCGCCGGGCGCGCCGCUGGACGCGCGCGGCUCCGCCAAGCGCCGCUACCACCACUCGGCGCCCGACACCGACGACGUCGCGGACCCGCGGGACGCCACGAGCUACAACUUGCAACCGGAUUCAAGAUGGAACAUCCGUCCGACCGCUCCCAUUUACGUACCGAGCGAUGACAUAAGAAACGCGCGAACACCGACACCUCAAAACAUCCCUCAUAGCUCAUCCCACUCCCAGAGCAUUGCGUCGAUGCAUAGCUACAGAAAUAAUAUCGAAGUGCCGAACGAUUACCAGAACCUUCGGUCGCGGUCGCCAUCUUGUUACUCCAACAAAAUGGCCGCGUCGAUUGGCGCUAACGACUGGGCUUUAAUGGGAAACGCGGGAGGCAGUGUUUGGAAGAACACUUCUUCUAAACACAUGGGCAACUCGUCGACGCUCCCGCACCACGAGGCGGGCGGGGCGGUGGCGGGGGGCGGCGUGGGGCCGGGCGGGGCGGGCGGCGCGGGGGGCGCGGGCGAGGGCGCGCACUACCCGCUGGGCUACGGCACCACACGCAGCUACCACCACGACUUCCGCGCGCCGCACGUGUUCCUGGCGCAGCACUCGCCCGGCGCGCAGGAGAUGAUCUUCCGCAAGCACUAUAAGGACGAGGGCCGCCGCAAGCCGCACCACCACGCGCAGGGCGUCAACCACACCUACUCCGAGAUCGCCGCCCAACAGGGCCGCAUGUACCGCCGCGGCUCCGAGGAGUUCCGCGUCAUCCAGGACGACCCGGUGUACGAAGAGAUCGAGCGCAACGAGACAAUGAUGUCCGACGUGUCGGACGACAACUCGACGCCGGACUGCCGGCCCACCGCGGGCCACCACGGCUCCUCCGGCUCCAAGUUUUUCGGCGACCACCGGCCGCUGAUAUCCUACAGCCCGGGCGAGCGGCACCACCACGAGCAGGAGCACUUCGCCAAGUACGGCAAGUGGGACACGCUGGAGCGCGCGUACGAGCCGCGGCACGCGUACCAGCCGCACCAGCCGCACCACCAGCACGCGCCGCACCAGCAGCACGCGCCACACCAGCAGCACAUGCAGCACUUGCAGCACGCGCCGCAGGAGAGCAACAUGCGCGCGCUGGCGGCCGUGCUCAACGGCGAGAACAACGUGGUGUGCCACCUGGAGCCGCCGCGGCCCUACGACGCCUACGCGCCGCCCGCGCGCACGCUCUCGCAGCCCAGCUUCUGAGCGCACACGCUCUCGCAGCCCGGCUCCGGAGCGCGCGCGCCUUUGCAGCCCAGCCCCGGAGCACGCGCGCCUUUGCAGCCCGGUUCCGGAGCGUGCACGCUGGCGCAGCCGAGCCGCGGAGCGCGCACGCGCAGGUCGCCGGACCCCAGUGAAAGUGUACAGAUAUAGCGAAUGAUUUUUCUAUGAGUAGACAUAGAUUAGACUCUUAUAGGCCGCGUAGACUCGCCGUACCGUGGACUCUGACAUUAGACGUGACGUAACUUUAAAUCACUUUUUCCACUGUGAUCCUAUUUAAUGUGGCGGCUGCACUUCGGCCGCCGCGAACCACUUUUAAUUUUAUAUCUUGAGAUUUUAGGACUUUGUACAUACCUAGACUUAGACUCGACUCCGGCGCGACUCGCCUCCACUGUCGACGUUUCGCUCGAAGCGUGGCAUUUAUGAGUGUCUGAAAUCUCGUAGUGGGUACGAAAAUCUGUGAUGUUUCAUUUAUGCUUUAGAUUAGGUUUUACGCGAACGGAUGUUAUCACUGCCAUGAGUGUUGAUAUUUUGUAUUUCGUUCUUAGACGUUUCGGCAGCUUUUUAUCAUUUGUCAAAAGAUAAUCCAUCCAACCUAUUCAUAGACUGACACCACUGAACGUUGUGCACUCUCUGUAAUUUAGUCUAGUGUUUUAAUAUUAAAAUCUACGCGAAGUAGAGUUCUUUUACCGCCAUGAAUAAACUGUUAAUUUUAAAUUAAGCGAUAAGGAAUUGUUUUUAUUUUAGGAACGGAUACGAUAACCUGUAUAUGUAUUCAUUUCUUGUAUAUUUUGGACCGAUUAAGCAAUAUUGUAGACUGAAGUAUUGUAUAAUUGUUGGCUGAUUAACUUUAAAACAAUAAUUUAUAUACUUUUUAGCGUAGCCAACAUUUAUGAAAUACUUUCUAAAAGGGGAAUAUAUAAGAAAAUAUCAUGGGAGGAUUAUAUUUUGUAUUUGGGUUUACUAGUCUAUUGCUCCCAAUUUAAAUGUAAUUGUACAUUGUCAUGUGUAUUUCUGUUAUGUAUUAUUUUUUGUUUGAUUGUAUUUUAAUAACGUUAUAUUAAUGUAAAGUAGGACGAACAGAAUGUGUAAAUAAUUUAAAGUUUAUAUAAAUAAAGAGCGGCUGUUCUGUGAGGACGACUGCGAAAUUGA